AUGAUUGUACCAUCUAUAAUUACUACAAAACGAAGGGUUAUCUUUGCAGCAACAGCUUGGGAUGCGAUUCCUACGAACUCUAUCUUAAUGACGAUGAACUUAAGAGGUGUUAUUGCAGAUCUAGGAAUUAAUAUCCACUUUCGUCUAUUUGUUACAGGACCUUUCAGUGAUGAUAACGAAACUAAUGACAUCUACUUGUUCCUCAUAGUGUUGGUAGAAAUACUCAAGCAGCAAAUCGUUUAUGAUAUUGCUGUGGAGUUAUCAACUAUAUGUGAUGGGAUUGGUAACAAUUCUUAUCUUGAAGACGUGCAGCAAUGGAUUUAUUUAGGUUCUGGAGAUGAUGGAAAACUUGCGACGCUUGGUCUGGAAGGUGGAAUCAUUGAGCGGAACAACUAG